UUUAUGUAUUUCUGUUUUUUUGCUUUUUGGGGGGCAGUUUUGUUGUUUUUUGAUUUCUUGUAUUUUUUUGUUGAUACUUUUAGACUUUAUGAGAUUUUAAUAAAGCUCUCACUUUGUUUGAUCUGCAUUAAUUUUUAGACUAAAUCGUAACACCUUAGAGAUUUAACUUCUUCUUCUAUAUAGCAAGUUGUCACAAUUGUGAAAUCCACCACUGCAAUAAACAAUAAGGGGCAGGGAGAAACAGGGUGAACACUGUUUUGACCUCUUGCAGUGUCCCGGCUUUUUUGGUGGGUCAGAGGUGGUGAGAUCACUGCUGCCAGUGCAUGUCCACUUUCAGAGACAAGGAGCAACGUGGGCAAGCAUAGCCUCGGUUAUUGAUUAAUACUCUGGAUGGAAGAUUUAGUAUCUGAAAGUACAUGUAGAGGGGUAAUUGGUCAGUCCAAAACAGACGAAUUGCCUCCUCCUGCUGCUCUCAGUGUUGACUCAUCCUGCAGAUCCUGCCUGAAAAGCAUCAAGCGCUGGGUGCCUUUGGACUACAAGCAUGAAAUGGUUCAGCUUUUAAAACUUGCGGGUCCUGUGUUCAUUUCACAUUUGAUGAGCUUCCUGAUCAGCUUCGUCAGCGCGGUGUUCUGCGGUCACCUGGGAAAGACGGAGCUGGCAGGGGUGGCGUUAGCAAUAGCAGUAGGCUAUCUCGUCAUAAAUGUCACAGGUAUUUCCAUUGGCUGUGGUUUGAUAUCAGCAUUUGAUACUCUCAUAUCGCAGACUUAUGGAAGUGGUAACCUGAAGCGUGUAGGAGUGAUACUCCAAAGAGGAGUUUUGAUCCUCCUCUUAGCCUGUUUCCCCUGCUGGGCUCUCCUUAUUAACACUCAGUCCAUUUUGCUUGCUAUCAGGCAGAGCACGGAGGUUGCAAGACUGUCGCAGCUGUAUGUGAAGAUCUUUAUGCCGGCUCUGCCAGCUGCCUUCAUGUACCAUCUGCAGGGGAGUUAUCUUCAGAAUCAGGGCAUCAUGUGGCCCCAGGUGAUAUCCGGAGCCAUGGGAAAUGUUUUAAAUGCUGUUAUCAAUUACAUCCUCCUCAGUGUUCUGGAUCUGGGGAUUGCGGGAUCCGCAGCUGCCAAUGCCAUCUCACAGUACUCCCUGGCUGUGUUUCUGUUUUUAUACAUCUACGUCAAAGGGCUGCACAUACCUACAUGGGAUGGCUGGUCUGGAGACUGCCUGCAAGAAUGGGGUUCCUUCUUCCACUUGGCCCUCCCCAGCAUGCUGAUGCACUGUCUGGAGUGGUGGUUGUAUGAGCUUGCAGGGUUCCUGGCUGGUGUCAUCAGUGAAACAGAGUUGGCGGCUCAGUCUGUAGUUUAUGAAGUGGCUGUUGUGGUUUUCAUGUUUCCUGCGGGCUUUUCUGCUGCUGCCAGUGUAAGGGUUGGAAAGGCUCUUGGUGGUGGGAACACAGACCAAGCGAAGCUGUCCAGCAAGGUCUCCCUUCUCUGUGCAUUAAGUGUCUCAUGUUUCCUUGGAGCCUUUCUUGGUAUAUCCAAGGAUGUGAUUGGUUACAUAUUUACCACAGAGAGAGACAUUAUACAGAGGGUGGCUAAUAUCAUGAAGCUAUACAGUUUCAUCCAUGUUGCUGAGGCUAUUUCGGGUGUGACAGGAAGCAUUGUCAGGGGUGCAGGGAAGCAGAAGAUUGGUGCGCUGUGCAGCUUGGUGGGAUACUACCUCAUUGGGUUCCCGAUUGGAGUAUCUUUAAUGUUCCCCGUGAAAAUGGGAAUUUUAGGGCUUUGGACUGGGUUUUUAAUUAGUGCUUCUUUGCAGUCCAUGUUUUUUAUAGUUUUCCUGUGUAAACUAAACUGGACGAAAGCCACUGAGGAGGCACUUGUAAGAGCAGGAGUCCAUAUUACAGAGAGGAAUACUAAUGCUUCCCUCAGUGCCCUGGACCCAAGGGAAAAAUACAUGAGGACCAGCCGAUCCAGUUCUCUGACUCCAGUAGAAGAAAGGCCAGAGCCACUCAGUUCAGAUCAGAAGCCCUUGGGCGCCGUGGCCUUAUCCACCAGGCAGCUGGUGUUACGGCGUGGUGCCACUGUGCUGCUAAUGUUCGUCAUCCUUGCUGCUGGAGUUAUCAUCAGCGAAGUUCUCAUCAGACUCCUUGAAAAGUGAUUGAAUAAUGUGUGCAGCACAAAACAAACAAACAAGUCUGCCUUAGGGAGUAUAUGUGACAUGUAUCAUAGUAAAGCACAUCUUAUAAACCAGCUUAAUAUUUAUCACAGGAUGUUCUGUCUGCACCCACAAUAUGAAGUAAUUAGGAUGACUGUGAAGACUGUGAAUUGCCCCAUCUCAACUAAUUCAUCAUUUAAAAUAUUCAGUCCAACUUUUACAAAAUUUUAGGCCAUUUUGUUUUCUGCACUUAGUGCAUCAGAUGGCAAAUAGCAACAUUAGAAUAAGCAGUAAUUACUGAGCUUUCUAAAAGUCAAACACUCUCUUGGGGCUGAAUUAUAACUUCAUUCCCUGACAUUACUGCACAAUCCAAAUGUCUUUAAAGUCACAGAAUAUUAUCUGCUUGCCAUUUUAGUAGUAGUAUUUGAGGUCAGUUUUCUAGCUCUUUCUAGAUCUAAUUUAAUCCAUAGUCGGAAAAAUAUAGUAAAAAAUAGGGCUUAACUGAAUGAAAAGCCAAAGUGAAAAUAGUUACUGUAUAGACAAGACUUUCUUUUUUAUAGGAACAUGCUGUGUAAGCUGAGCGCCAAUCGAGACUCUGAAAUAAAUAAAAUUUCCCAUCCUACAAUUCAUAGCCUGAAUGGAUGCCGCAAUUAGAACUAACAUGAUUAAAGGUUAUAUUUAGGCUACAGCACAUCUGUGGAAGGGUGCUUUCAUCAUCAAAAGACAGAAAUGCUACUCUCUUGCUUGGUUUAUCUUGCGUUCCUUUGAUCUGUGUUGCCAAAUUUGAUGAUAAUGAAAGGCCUGUAUGUGCUCACUGUAACAUGCUGGCUGGAUAAAGACAUGUCACCCUGAGCAAAUCAACCACCUGUUCCCUCUGCCCGAGAAGAUAACCAGCUCACAGCUGAAGCCUGCUCAUAAAUAAAGGAUUCAACCUGCUUAACAAUGAACAGUCAACCAUGUGGGAUUUUGGCAUGUAUAUGUGGUGUUUGUACACAGCUAUUAAUUAAAUAAAUUGACUGUCUGUCUGUAA